CUGCAUGAUUUACAUAGAAAUGAAAGUUACCACAGUGGCUGUGCAGGAAGUUCAGUUUGUUUGCAUACAAAGAGAGACAGCAGAGCUCAGCAUCCACAUUCAAUAAGAUAUGGCCACAGCCAGCCCUUUCCUGUCUGAGGAUCAGUUUUUGUGCUCCAUCUGUCUCGAUGUUUUCACCGAGCCUGUUUCUAUACCAUGUGGACACAACUUCUGCAAGGCCUGUAUCACCAGGCACUGGGAAGGCAAAGAGCAAUGUCAGUGUCCACUGUGCAAUGAGAAGUUCAACAAAGGGCUCAAACUUCGUGUCAACACCGGAUUCAGGGAGGUUGUAGAGAAUUUUAAGAAACAUCAUGUGAUAGCUGACAAUAAUCAGCCAAUCAAACCAGGACAAGUGCCAUGUGACUGCUGCCUUGGCAAAAAGUUCAAAGCCUCAAAAACAUGUUUGGUGUGUUUGACUUCCUACUGUGAGACACACCUAGAGCCUCAUCAGAGAGUUGCUGCAUUAAAGAGACACAAACUGACUAAUCCUGUGCAUAACCUGGAGGACAAAAUAUGCAAGAAACACAACAGGAUUUUAGAGCUCUUCUGCAGGAAUGACCUGACACGAGUUUGUGUGCUGUGUACAGAGCAUAGCACUCAUGAUACAGUCCCUUUAGAGGAGCCGUACGUUGACAAGAGGGCUCAGAUGAAGAAGAAAAAAGCAGAAGUACAGGAAAUCAAAUCCAAGCGUGGUAAGAAGGGCAAGAAGCCAAAAGUUUCAGUGCAGACUGAGAGGGAAGGUGUAGAUGAAGAGGUAGAAUACAGUGUGGAGUUUCCUCACUUAUGGUGUUUUCACACUGAAGGGCUACACCCAUUCCAUAGAUAUUUCUUUCUUCCUGGGUACCUGGGCUUUUCUGAAGGGAGAUUCUACUAUAUGGUUGAGGUCAAAGGGAGGACCGGCUGGGAUUUAGGAGUAGUUAGAGAGUCGGUUCUUCGGAAGAGGACAUUCACACCCAACACCAGGAAUGGGAGCUGGAUCAUGAGGUUGGAGAAUAACACCAACUGCAAGGCUCUACAUAAUGUCCCUUUUAACUUCUUCUUGUCAAAGAAACUUGAGAGAGUCAUGGUGUUUGUAGACUAUGACAGUGGAUUGGUGUCCAUCUGUGAUGCAGACACUGCGACCAUGAUCUACACUUUUACUGGCUGCAAAUUCCAAGAGAGAAUUUUCCUUUACUACAGACCCACAGAGGAAGUCAGCUCUGAACAAAAGCUAAAUUUAUUAAUAUUCUUAUUUUUAAUUUUUCUGAUUUGGAUAUAUUCAAAUUAAACAUCACAUCAUCUUUUAAGUUAGAAACCAUUCUGAUCAAAUCUGUAAAAUGUUAUCAUGAUAAGCCAACGUACUGGAUAUUUUAGAAAACAGAGCCAAUACAUCUGUAGACUGUAGACUUAAGCUCAGUUUAACUGGAAAUGAUUACUUUCUUCCUCUGUAAAGGGUUUUUGAUAUUUGUCUGAGAUACAGUUGUAUGUUUAUUUUGUUUUUACCUGUGUUUUAGUAUUAUUAUUGGUUAUUACAUUGAUCAUAUAAAUUCAACAAUAGCCCUGAAUAAGUUGGGGAUGCACUUGCAGAAGCAGUCUUCCAGUCCCAAACUCAUCUAGAUAAGGCCACAGCCAGCUCUUUCCUGCCUGAGGAUCAGUUUCUGUUUGUGAUGAGCCUUUGCUAUCACUCUAUGAAUGUAAGUGAAUGGGUGAAUGUGGCAUGUGGUAUAAAGUGCUUUGAGUGGUCGGAAGACAAGAAAGGUGCUAUAGAAGUGCAGUCUAUUUACCAUUUAUUUGUCUCUCAAUUAUGUGUAACAAAAAGUUGUAAUUAUGACUUUGUAUGCUUGUUUUGUUUUUUCAGUCUUUGAUAUAAAAGAUGAAUCUACAUAAAGUUUUUACUUUUCUAUGUAUCACUGUGUAUGUACCUUUCUAGCUGGUAUCAGAAUGUUUACUCUACCUACAGUGUUGGAGUUAGAUGAGUUUAUGUUACAUACAUUUAAGAUAAUUGUAGUAAAGAUGGUGACAGAAGCUUUAUUCAAAAACACCACUAGAGGGAGUAAUCUACUCACCCGUCAUACAAACAGUGACCCACACUCAAGAGAUAAAACAUGUCAGUUUGGCAGUGGUGGAAAGUAACUAAAUUUACUCAAAUACUGUAGGUAUAAUUUUGAAGUUUUUGAGGUUUUGCUGCUAUUUUAUACUGCUUCUAAAUAUUGUAUAUUAUUUGACAAUUUUAAUAACUUUUCAGCUUUAGUUUAAUAAUACAAAAUAUUACCAAAUAAAUUAUGAUGUCAUAUUAUAAAUUAAGAUAAAACUUUAUUGAUCUUUGGGGGGACAUUCACAAGCUACCCAGCAGACUAUAUAAAGUUCAGAGUAAACUACCGUUACCAGCUUCAACAUUAAAGCAAUGCUCGCCUGAAUGCAUCAAUAAUUAUAAUUCAAUAAUAUGGUAUACAGUACAUUGUCGUUAAAUGGGUCAUUCUGCAUAAUAAGUACGUUUACAUUUUGUACUUUAAGUAUAUUUUGAUAUACUUUUGCACUUGUGUAAAUAAUAAACUUAUAUUUGUUUAUUUGUA